AUCAUUUGCACAACAGCGAGCCGAGUCCGUUUCCAAUUGAACCGCUGCCAGGCCUUGGUCCUAGAUCAUUUGGUACUAAAAUGCUGCAUUUCUCGGCCUUAAUACAAGCCCACGGGAGUGAAAAAACCUGGGCCGAAGACACUGGGCCCAAUCCACACCCUAGCGUUAUGUAUAUAUGUAUACGUAUAUCUUCAUAUUCCCGACUCUUCUUGUUUUGAUCGUGUUUUUUGUGAUAGGUUUUGGAGAAUUUAGAGACAUCUGCUUGCAGAUUUGAAUCAACAAUUAUGGAAGAAGAUACUCCCAUAGAAGCAAAAGAAGACAUCUCAGAAAUUGCACCAUUUGAUCCUACUAAGAAGAAGAAGAAAAAGAAGCCAGUUAUACAGGAUGCUGGGGAUGAUAACACUGACAAGUUAGCUGAGAAUAUAGAAAACCUGUCAAUUUCUGAGGGGGUUGAAAAUGCUUUCAUUGGUUUGAAAAAGAAGAAGAAGAAACCAGUAGAAACUAAUCCUUUGGAUGACGAGAUCAUUGAUAACGAAGAGGAUUUAGAUGAAGAAAAUGUUGUGGCUGAGGAUGAAGAAGGGGAUGGAAUCGUUUUGCAGCAACAGUAUCCAUGGGAAGGAAGUGACCGAGACUAUGAUUAUGAGGAGCUCCUAAGCAGGGUGUUCCAUAUCCUCCGGGAGAACAAUCCAGAGCUUGCUGGAGACAGGCGUAGAACUGUCAUGAGGCCACCACAAGUACUUCGAGAAGGCACAAAGAAGACUGUCUUUGUGAAUUUUAUGGAUCUGUGCAAGACGAUGCAUAGGCAGCCAGAGCAUGUCAUGACUUUCUUGCUCGCUGAGAUGGGAACAAGUGGAUCUCUUGAUGGACAGCAGAGAUUGGUUAUCAAGGGCAGAUUUGCUCCUAAAAACUUUGAAGGGAUUCUUCGUAGAUACAUCAAUGAGUACGUCAUAUGCAAUGGCUGCAAAAGUCCAGAUACAAUCCUUUCCAAAGAGAAUCGUCUCUUCUUUCUCAGAUGUGAGCAGUGUGGCUCUGGGCGGUCUGUAGCUCCAAUCAAGGCUGGUUUUGUUGCUCGGGUUGGGCGUCGGAAAGCUGGGACAUGAUGGGGCUAUCUUUUGUUGUUCAUUGCUCGUUCCUAUCUUCCUUUCUGAACUUCAAGUGUCCGUUGUUGAGCUGCCUUCUUUGUCUAUCGAUAUAUAGCUUAGUGUCAUUAGUUCUAUUACUACAGAUACAGAAUGUUGAGAGGCCAUAUAUCUGUGACUCUUAUGUCACAAUUGUGUCGAAGGUCUCAAGAGCUUGCAGUACCAUUCCUUUUGAUUAUCCAGUUGAUUUGUUGAAGAUCUGAUGAAAUGUUUGAAUCCAAUAUUGGAUAUACGAAAAAGGGGAAGGGAAUGAAAUUAAUUUUGUAUUCCUUCAA